CAACCGGAAGUCAGCCUGUGUUUGUUGCUCCCUGUAAAUAUGGCGGAGGGGACGCUGCGGUUCGGAAGGGGAGUCUACAACAUUGCACAGAAAAUAUGCCGCCGUCCCCUCCUGGAAAAUGUAAACAAGCAGAGAAAAAGUGCGAUACGUAUUUCGUCUCUGUCUGCGGGGUGUUUGUUGACUGACACCUCAAACGGUAAACUUUAUGGAGCUGAAAAGGCCGUGACCCAGGGAGUUUCACCGGACGGUUACACAAGGGUAAAAAUACAAGUCGGUGUCAACACGAAUAGGUUCGAAAGGGAAGCUGUCACUGCUGUUGGCGGAUAUAACGGACUAAACAAACACUAUCCACUUAAGAAACCUCAAGUUAAGUUUUCUGAGAGGAAACUCCGUCGGUGUUGGACUCACCCGGUUGUACGGAGGACUCUGGGGACGUCCAGGUGUGUUAGCCGGCAGCAGAGCCUCAGUGGCCGGUAUGAGUGGUGUGUUCACGGACCGUUUGUGUUUAUCCGGGCUUACAGCGACAACGGAGGCCGCUCACAGCCUCUGUACAGAUCCAAAACGGGUUAUUAUGAAAUCUUGGAUGUGUCACCGACUGCCACCCAAGCCCAGAUUAAAACAGCCUACUAUAAACAGUCGUUCAUCUACCAUCCGGACAGAAACGCGGGCAGCGACGAGGCCACCGACCGGUUCUCGGAGAUCAACGAGGCCUACACCGUACUGGGGAACAAGGCGCUCCGGAAGAAAUAUGACCGGGGUCUGCUGAGUCAGUCCGACCUCACGGCAACAGGUAGACCCUCCGGUAAGGGCACCACCGUGAGCUCCGCCAAGAAGCAAUCCGACAGCCGGCGGACCGUCAUGGGCACCGGACAAGACCGCAUCUUUGACUUCGACCAGUUCUACAAGGAGCAUUAUGGUGAGCAGCUGCAGAGAGAGAGGGACCUCCGAGCCCGGAAGGAAGAGAUGAAGAAGAAGAAAGAGGAGAGCAUGGAGGACAUGAAAAUGGACGGGCUUCUGGAGCUGGGAGUGUGCGUGAUGCUGGGGCUGGUUUUCGCGAUACUGGUGAGCCACAAACGGGGCUGAACCUCAUCAGGAUGGGACCAGAAUCAACACCACCAUACACUGCUGUGCAACUAAACCAGGGGUCUCACAUCUAAGGUUCUGAUCUGGUUCACAGCUACACUGAAGAUUUUAACAGUCAACAAUGUCAAACUUUUUUAACAGGAAAAAAUUAUUAGACCAUUUUAAUACCUGGUACAACUGAAGGUACAUUUGUUCAGACAAAUAUAACAAUAAC